AUGCCUGUGUGCGUUUUUUUUUUUAGGGAGUCCCUGGAGGUCCUGGAGCACCUGGAAGAGACGGCCCCCCCGGUCCCAGAGGCCUGGUUGGUAACUCUGGACCUCAGGGCAGAGUGGGACCUCCUGGAGCAUCUGGCCCCCCAGGAGCCCCCGGAGCCCCAGGCCCAGGGGGGUCUACGGGUUCCACUGGAGAUCAAGGAGUUCCAGUAA